AUGCAGGACAACAUUUACGAGAUUGAGGGCUCUGGGAUCAUCUGCUGUAUCCUGGGCGUCUUGCACCCGGCCCUCGCGAUGUUCGACAUCAAGGGCUGCCCCGCGUCUGGUUCACUACUUGCCAUCGUCUUCGACCCGUUUGUCCGCCUCUACCACCACCUCCUUGACCCGCAUCUUUGCCUGAUUAUAUCUUACGCCGACGAUCUUGCAAUGGGGCUUCGCGAUCUCUUCUCCCAUCUCGCGCUGCUGGUUCCUGCUCUGCAGCUGAUGGGAGCUGCUGCCAGUCUGUGGAUCCACCCCGGCAAGGCUGUAAUCGUUUGGUUGGGCAGUCUCAGCCUGGAUGCAGUGCGGCCCCGCAUCGCCGCUGAAGUGGGAUAUUUUGCCUCAGCCAAGGUUUCGCUCUCUGGAGCGCUGCUCGGCGUCACGCUGGGGGGCAACGGCCGCGCGCUGAGCUGGUUGAAGCCUGCGGCCAAGUUCUGGGAGACGAUCGCCCCGCUCAAGCAAGUGAGGGGCGGCUUUUGCAAGGCCAUGCGAAAUUUGAAUUGCUACGGAAC